AUGAGAGAAGAGAAAGAAGACAAAAAAGAGAAAGAAGACAAAAAAGAGAAUUACGACGAUUCAGACGACGAUUCAGACGACGAGCGCACUUUAUUCGAGUAUAAAGAUUUAGCCGGGAACGUGCAAGGUCCGUUUCCGUUGACGCAUUUGGAAGCGUGGAAUCGAGACGGCUAUUUGAGUCGAGAACUGGAAGUUCGUCGUUUACGUACUAUUACUAAUAAUAAUAUUAAUAAUAAUAACAACAACAACAACAACAACAACAACAACGACGACGACAUAAACGUGAACGACUCUUUGUUGGAGUUCACCACGCUCGGUCGAGUGUUGGAUGCGCGCAACGAAAAAUUGUUGAACAAACGAGAAGAAGAAUUCAAAGAAGAAUUCAAAGAAGAAUUCAAAGAAGAAGAAGAGAAAUUGAAAGAAGACAAACAACAACAACAACAACAACAACAACAACCAAAGCACGAAACGUCGUCGUUAUUAGAUGAACGGUUGAAGAACGUGUUUGGCGGCAUCAUCAUUGGUGGUGGUGGUGGUGGUGGUGGUGGUGGCAGCGGCGGCGAUGGUGAAAAUGCAGUCGACGACGACGACGACGACGACGACGAAACAACAACAACAACGACAACGACAAAGAAGAAGAAGAAGAAAACGUAUUCUUCGGGGGCGCCUUUCGCGUUCGGCGGCAGUUUCUUGAAAAACGACGAUGGAAGCGCUUUAACCGAACGAGAUGAGGAAGCGAUCAAAAACGUUGAAAUAGAAGAUGAUGACGAUGACAAAAGAUACGAGAAGAACGACGAUGAAGAAGACGAGAACGACGAAGAAGAAGCGAAGCAACACGCGUUGCGACUGUUGGAAGAAGAAGAAGACGGUCAAGACGCGGAGGAGGAAACAUCCAAGGCGAAAGCGAAACGGAACCAAGUUCUCGAACAGUUUGAGGACGAGCGCGAGAGCGCGAAAUUCGACGUGGACGAACGAACGAGCUUUGGUGGAAAACAUCCGAAAGAGAUUCCAACGAUUGGCGCGAAUUUUGGCAAAGGAAAUAAUGCCAAAGAUCCGCGACUUUCCAAAGAGGCAUCGCAGUUGCGAAAGCUAUGCAAACAAGGCACCAAAGCGCUGCUCUUACCGACGCACGAACUUUUGAUGAGCGCGGCGACGAGAACGUUCGUGAUGGAUAGAAAAGACGACGACGACGUCGUCGAUGGUGCGCUCGAUGAAGACAAAAGUGGCGAGAAAUUUCAACGCCCGAGGAAAGAGUACGAAAAUGAAAACGAACGAGACGAAGCGCUCGAGGAGGAAUUGAGAAACGUUCAGAAAGGUUUGCUCAGCAAACUCUACGAUGGAGAUAAAAAAGAAGAAGAGCGAAUAGGUGCGACGAAGAAACGACGCAAAAGCGUAGACUUUGAUCUGAAGGAAGAAGAAGAAAACGACGAUGCGAGAAGUGAUGGCGAGCGAUCGGAUAUUUCCUGGGGCGCAAAAAUGGGCACGUACGAAGAUCCAGCAAAGAGAAGCAGAGCGGUAUCCUCCUCUGCCGCGGCGCGAAAAGCAGACGACGAUGGCGAUGAAUAUGGAGAUCGAAAAGGAGACGAAGGAGAAGAUGAAGAAGAAGAUCUUGAACGAGACAAAGUGCGCCGCGGAAGAAAGAGAACAAAUAGAGAUGGUGGUGGUGGUGAUGAUGAUGAUGAUGAUGAUGAUCGUAGGCGCGAUUCAGAAGAAAAGAUGAAAGAAGAAGCGCGAAAACGACAACGAGCGUUGGAAGAAGAGGAAGCGGAGCGACAACGACAACGGCAGAUACUCUUAGAGAAGGAAGAAGAAGAAAAUAAACGCGUGAAGCACAUCGAGUUUAUGAAGUAUUUGCACAAAAAUCCAACCGCCGGCGAAUGGUGGCUUCCAAACGAAGAAGACGGGAAGCCGACUUUGGGUCCGUUUCAAUGGGCGGAGUUGAGCGUGAAUUUACCGGGCGUGCGAGUCGCGCACAGAUACGAAGAUAAUCGAUGGCAAUUUGUUGGAAACGUCAACGAGAACGAAAAUUUAGUCCCAUUUGUUCCGUAUAGUUCCAGUGCCGCCGCCGCCGCCGCUGCAGCGGAUAAUCCUCCAGAACUAGCCAUCGCGAAGAAGAUGGAGAGAGAAAAUGUCUUUUUGCCGAGAAAGCAAAAACCGCUCGAGGACGAUACAGACGAAGAAGAAGAAGAAGAAGAAGAAAAGGUAUCGUCCGAUGACGAGGUAGAUGAUGGAGACGAUGGCGUGGAGAAAGAAUCAUCCGAAGAAGGACUCGUCGUCGAAGAUGGCGAAGUCUACGACGACGAUGGGGAGGAGGGAGAGGACGACGACAACGACGACGACGACGACGAUAAUGAAAAUGAGAACACCAGCGACGAUGAUGAAGUGGAUGCAGCUUUUUCGGAGAGCGACGAGAGUGACUUUCAGGAUGAGGACGAGGGUGACGUUGAUUUCAACGACGACGACGAGGAUGAUGAUGCGAAGUUUACUCGAUAUCUCGACGUUGAAAACACGCACGAAUGGUUUCGAAGAACCAUAAACGCGUACGACGACGCCGACGACGAGGAGUUGAAAAGAAACGGUGAUAUGCCGACGACCCAAAACGAUGGCGCCGACGAAGAUGAAGGUAAAGAAGAAAAAGAAGAAAACGACGAUGGAGAGGACGACGAGGAAACAGUCCAAAGAUGGUUCAGAACGCACAUCGUCGAUGGAAGUUCUUACAUCACCUCCGCGGGAUCGUUGGAACUCGCCGCCGAGAAUAGUAAUAAACGAGGCGGCGCGAACACUAUGAUGCGUUUCAAACGAUUUGAAAAUCUGUCGCAAAUUAGCGCGUCGCUGAGCGCCGAAUUAUACGAAUCCAUCAUGAUGAACAAAGCGAAGAAGAAAAUAAUCUCUCAGUUAGUCGAAGAAGUGUUGGAUUCACUUUAA